AAAUCCCUUAUCCACUUCUAUUAUAUCUCUCCGCUACAACAACACUUUGUUCAUCUUCUCAUCAUCAUCAAUCAAAUCCCAUUUCAACCAACAACAAUGGCAUCUUCAUCCUCUAUACUAGCCUCAUCACCUUUACUUCAAAGCCAACUACUCUCCCCAUUCCCAACCAAAAAGCCAACAUCUUUACCCUUCCCUCAUCCAUUUCCAAGAAACCCAUUUUCAAUCAAGGCCCAAACCCUUGAUUUCUCAGGUACAUUCUUUGAAGGAGGAUUGGGUGUUGAUGAUGACCUCAGCAACUCAUCUGGGUCAGUUGCUACUGCCAUUGAAGAAAAAGAAGAGCCCCAAUGCCCACCUGGUUUGAAACAGUAUGAAACUAUGGCGGUUUUAAGACCAGAUAUGUCUGAAGAUGAAAGGCUCUCUCUUACCCAGAAAUAUGAAGAGUUGCUUGUUGCUGGAGGCGGCAUGUACGUGGAGGUAUUCAAUAGGGGUGUCAUCCCCCUUGCUUACAGCAUCAAGAAGAAAAACAAAGCUGGUGAGACCAACACUUACUUAGACGGUAUCUAUCUACUGUUUACUUAUUUCACAAAACCUGAAUCUUUGAAGGCUUUGGAGACAACUUUGAACAUGGAUGAUGAUGUCAUUAGAUCAUCCACCUUCAUAAUUAGGAAGAGGAAGUAUUAGGUCUAUAUAUCUUUCGGAUUUAGCUUUGAAAGAAGCCGAUAGGAAGGAUUGUAGUACUUUAAAUGUUUAAGUUCUUGAAAGUUUUAGUUAUAUAAGUGCACCAUGUAGAAAUGUCACCUAUUUUGAUCAUCGUAUGUAUGCAGACAGUAUCAUUUUUUGUAUCUAUGGAUAUUUCUUUUGGUGAGAUUUAACAGAA